AAUUGUACCUAUCAUUUGAAAAAACGAAAAGGACAAAUAAAUGUUUUCAUAUUUUGUUAAAUUAGCUGUUUGAUAUUGUUUUAGUGCUUGGCGGUAAUUACGAAAAUUAUUAUGAUUUAUUGUUACGGUUCUUGUUAAUUGUAUAUAUUUGGACACGUAGAGUACGUACAAAAACAUACAUGUAGUAUUUUUCUUUUCCCUAAGCUAUGAAAUGUGGCAAACGAAAUGUUUCACUGACGUGACAUACCGCUUGCUGCUCUAAUAAAUCAGGUAAUGUCGAUGAUUUUAAAUAUCAAGUAUAGAAUCGAAAUAUUAAUCCGUUUUCGUUUUAUUAUUUUUUUUCACUUUCACAAUAUCCUCCGUUCUACUGAUAGAAUUAAAUAAAUAAAUCUUACCUUUUCUGCACAUCUAAAAACAUCCUGGAAUUAUCGGUGCAUCCCCAAAACAAAGAGAAACUCCACAGAAUAAAUUAGAAGUUCUUUAUUUCAGAGCGAUUUUCAUGAAAUGAUGGUCCGAGUGUUUGGGGAGAGAAACGCUUGUUUAAGGAGUCAUAAAAUGUGUGCUUGGUGUCAGGGGGUUAAAGAACUAUUGGUAUUGUCCUAUGUGCAUAUUUUAUUGUUUUAUACCCUCUCACCUCACUAUUUAUUCGCCGUUUGACUGGUGUUUGCCGGCAGCAAACAGAGCUGACCUGCCAUAAAACCCACAUGUUUUAUUCCAGUGGCUGCUCUAGCUUUCUUUGACCUUUAUUGAGAUCUGUCGCGGUCGCAUUUACUUUCUGGCCUGGACGCGCAUUGUGUGUUAGAUUCUAUGAACCUAUUUUCAAAUUUAAUAGAUGUAAUAUAGUUGUUUUAGUCCCAGCCUGUAAUUGCAUAUUUUAUUAAUCUUUAACAUUAAUGUAAUUUUGUUGUUCUUUCAGAUUUUUAAACGUUUUUGACAGAAAAUUAGCACAUUAGACGACAAAGUGGUGCGCUUCGACUGUUCAGUAUAUAUCGAAGAGACAAAGACAAAGAGUUCGACGGUAGGAAAAUGUUUCUGGGCCACAGAUCGGGAAAAAAGUCAAUUUUCCUCUCUUAGGCUGUGUGUUUAGCUGCUAUCUAGGGGAGAAAUGUACAAAAAAAACCUCCAGUGUUUACCACAAACCAUUAGCAAAGUUUAUAAAAGAAGCACCGAUCCAUUAAGUGGCGAGACAGAUUGCUGAUAUCCUUGGAGGCAGACUGUUCCAGGUGCAACAACUUGACACUGGGAAGGCGCUGUCAAGGUGAGCAGGCUCUCUCAAUACCUGUCAAGAAGAUACCUGUCAUCUAUAUAUACCCUGUAGAUCCGGAUUUGUGUAAACAGACGCACAGUCACAAAUUCGUAUCUAGGGGAGUAUGUAGUUGAUGUAUAGGCUACAUUCAACUUCAACGGGCAAAGAAGAUGACAUUUUAACUGUUGGUUUGUCAUUGUUAUUAAUAUUACGACAGUUUGGUAGUGAAAUAUUAGCAGGAACGAAAGUUUUUUUUUUUUUUUUUUCCUUAGCUACUACAAUUUUUUUCUGUAAAUGUAAGAUUUAAAGGGCGUUCACGAUGUCACGUAUUUUGUGAGACUUUUAAAGAAUUUGAAAUGAGCAAAAGAAGUUUGUUGAGAUUUGCACUGAUUAAUAAUCAUCUGAAUGCCGUGUUUAAACAUCACUAUCAGUAAACAACGAGAAAUAUUUGCUGCUGGUGUUAAUAGUGAAUUGAGCACAUAAAUUACUAUUCAUUGUGUGUAGAUUUGGCAUACAGGAUAAACGCGCUGUUUGGAGUGGAAUGACUGCAGACUACGUUUAAAUGCAGAAGGUCUCCUUUGUGAUUUAGGAGGCUUUGUAACCUGAAUUAGUUGAUGAAUUUUCUAUCGAUCUUAAACAAGCCCAGAUUCAUCUCUGACACGCUGCUCACGCCACGACCAUUCUCUCACCGUUAUUAGCGAGUGCAUUUAAGACCUUGGCCAAGGCGAUUUCCUUGCAUCACUUUCCCCUGGUACCGCGUUUCAUGAACACUAGGCAAAAUUUAGCAGUAUUUUAGUUCGCCAAAUCUGAACAGUUCUUUAUAGAGGUGUAGUCAUGUUCUCAGUGUGCAGAUGAACUGAGGGGGACUGGGGGCGUGACUUUCUGUAGGGCUGGUAGAAUCCAGCAUGCCUUUUCGCUGUCUGCUUUCGCUUGUUAUUGUUUUGAUUCACUCACUAUCUCAUCAAGCGCACGGCAACGUAUGAGAAAGUAUGUAAUUUUGGACUAUUCCGAAAUGUGAGUUGAUGAGCGCGAUCUAAACUGACUAAUCCCAUUUCCUUAUCCGGGAAUCGCGAAGACCCACGCUAUUGGCUGACGAUGUCACAUGGACCCUUAACUUUGUUCACUUGACAGAAAGUAGGAGGGUUCUACGAAACAGGAAAACGAGUAAAGGGAUACAUAUAAAUUUUAGUAUAUUUUGUGUGCAAUUCAAAGAAAUUAAUGGCCAUGAGUUCCUAUUUGAUCAACUCCAACUAUGUGGACCCUAAGUUUCCACCCUGCGAGGAAUAUUCCCAGAGCGACUACCUACCCAGUCACUCUCCGGACUACUACAGCGCCCAGAGGCAAGACCCCUCGUUCCAGCAUGAGCCGAUCUACCACCAGCGGUCGGGCUGCGCCGACCCACCCUACUCAUCGUGCCAGGGUCCGGGGCAGCCUGCCGCGGUCAUCUCUCCACGAGGUCACGUUCUACCCACAACCGCACUCUCAACCCCUCUCCCUGAACCAAGCCAUCACUGCGACUCGGUAACUCCAAGCCCUCCGCCUGCCUGCGGUCAGACUCCUACUAGCCAAAACACUUCAACGGUCACCUCAAGAAAAGAUCCCGUGGUAUACCCCUGGAUGAAAAAAGUCCACGUAAACAUCGUGAGCCCGAACUAUUCAGGGGGUGAACCAAAGCGCUCACGCACAGCAUACACGCGGCAGCAAGUCCUGGAAUUGGAGAAAGAGUUCCAUUACAACCGCUAUCUGACCCGCAGACGGAGGGUGGAGAUUGCCCAUACACUAUGCCUAUCCGAACGACAGAUUAAGAUAUGGUUUCAGAACCGGCGCAUGAAGUGGAAGAAGGACCAUAAGCUUCCCAACACCAAAAUACGCAGCAAUUCUGCCAACACUAAUUCAAGCGGCGGCCCGACAUUGGGCAGCAAUCAGAACCGAGCUAGUGGACCUCCGCCAAGUCUAUAGCCCUCCACUGUUGCCCAAAACAUGUACAAUUAUAAAAAUCUAAUUUUAUGGAGUAUAGAACGUGGAUUUUACCCGCGUUAUGUCUCCUUACUCUCCCCUGCACUCUAAUUGCAGGGAUAAAACACAAGGAAGAUGUGGGGGGAAGGAGCAAAGAAAAUGUUCAUCUUUUAAACACUACAAAUGGGUGAAGAGACUGAAGACUCGAACUCAAAUGCUACUAUAGAUGGGUUGCCUUCCCAGUCUGGUUCCCAUUUUUAUCCCGCACGCCUUUUCCUGCUCACUCGCCCCUUCCAUAAGCACAGAAGGCGGCAGAUAGUUUUCAGAUUGGGUGAAGAUGGAUCCGUGUUUCAUCUUUAAUCACGCCAAACUCGGCCCCAUUUGUCAUGUUUACUCUGUGGUACAAAGGAUGAACCGUAGGCCUGCCCAUUACCUCGACGUCUAGCGUUGUGCUUAAUAAAUGAGUCGCUCUGUUUUGUCAAGAAGCCUUUUCUAACUCCCUUUAUUCCCCUGGCUUAAAAAUAACUAGCCGAGUGUUUUUCAACUGAUAUGAAGUUUUGUAUUUUGUAGCAAUUAGGUUAUUUUGCAUUUGCUAUUUGCAUCUCGAAUGCAAUGCCAAUGGGACUGAGGGUUAUUGUGCGUGUGGUCCAUUUGUCGCUCAUUACAAAUACAGGGACUUGUUUCACUCGCCUGUUUAGAGCAUUUCAGUUUAAGAACAGCAAAUUACUAAUUAGUUGUUAGUCAUAUUAAAUAUAAUAUAAAGGUUCAAUGAAGCUGGAUGGCUAGAAAUGUAUAACCAAAACCGGUACAACGCAAAGCAUUUUAAUGAGAGCACUGCUAAGUACUAUUUAAAUUACCUCAAUUGUAUUUUUUGUCUAGUUUUAUGAAGUGAUCAGAUUAAGUUCUUUUGACUUAAUGGCAAAUAUCUGCAAUAGCUAAACUCAGCAUUUGUUUGUAAGUUGAAAUGAAAUUUAAGUUAAGUGUGGCCAGGGUUGUAUAGAGAAAAGGUGCGUAUAUUGCAUGAGUAAAUACACUAUAUUUUCCUUUAUUCUUUUUUUUAUGUCACCCUCGUUUUGUUUUAUGGUACAUAGACAUGCGCACAUACCACACUUUUUCUCUUUCUUUCUUUCUUUCUUUCUUUCUUUCUCUUAUCAAUUUUACAUUUUAUUAUAUAUUUUUUUACAUUCCAAAGAUCAGUUUUCUCGCUGAUGAAUUGUAAAUUUCCCCUUUUACAUGUUUGUAUUUUGUCUUCUUUCUGCUUGUACCUUUCACUGUUUACCUUUGUUACAUGUAAAUAGCCCUAGAAAUUUAAUAAAUGGCGGAAAAGUAUAAUCUUU